AUGACUUCGAAAGCUUGGCUGGACAUUUACAUCGGCGACUGCGACGCAUAUGCCAGAGAGAAGGCUGCUUAUGAUGCCACAAACCUUUUGCUGCAAAAGAGCUGUACUAUGUAUGGCUUUCCAUCCACUCUCGAAGAGCUCUCGGAGGAACAGCAGGACAUACUGAAGGAACUUGAUGUGCAUUGA